AAUAAGGUUAUGUUAUUUGUUUUUGUUGUCGUGUCAAGACAAUGAACUGUAAAUUAUAGCUAUAGCACAAAACCUUCAAUAUUUAUUGGAUAGUUGAAAGAAAUCUGGAGAAACCGGAUAAAUAUAGUAUAAAAUAGAUUAUCUGAUAAAGGUUUGAUUUAAAAUUCCUAAAACAGAGGCAGUUUGAUCAAUUCAAGAUGAGCCAGGACAGUUCUCCUGUGAGAAUACCUUUGAAAACUAGAAACAGGACUGAUGAUUAUUUCAGAGGCAUAUUUAAUAAAUUUGAUAGAGAUAGAGAUGGAUUUCUCACCAUCCGAGAGCUUAAUGCCAUGAUAGAAAGCAGAGAAUAUGAGCAAGAUAUUCCCAUCCACUGCGUAAAAAAAAUCCACGAAUUACACGACAAAGAUGGAGACAGACGACUCGAUUUUGAAGAAUUCAUUGAAAUGAUAAACAACCCAGAACUGAGCAACAUUUUUGGACAUUACUUCAAUCGCUACAUCAAUUGGAUAGUUCCAAAAACUACCCACCCAUCUCACACAGUCACCGAUGGAGAAUACGAGGAAGAGUAUUCCUGUUACCCACCAGCAGUUGGAAUGAUUAUUAUUUCACUUGUGGAAAUUAUCUUUUUUUGUAUUGAUGAAGCUACGGAGAGGGAUUCGACAAAGUAUGCUAGUGGACCUACUGCUACUUACUUUAUUUAUGAACCCUAUAAGAGAUACGAGGCUUGGAGAUUUGUAACUUAUAUGUUUGUUCAUAUAGGAGUUUUUCAUCUCCUAGUAAACUUAGCCGUCCAAAUUCUACUAGGAAUCCCCUUGGAAAUGGUACAUCGUUGGUGGAGAGUAUUAGUUGUCUACUUUGCUGGAGUUUUGGCUGGUUCUCUAGCAACUUCCAUUACUGACCCUUAUGUGAAGUUGGCCGGAGCCAGCGGAGGAGUUUAUUCUUUGAUAACUGCGCACAUAGCUUCAAUUAUUAUGAAUUGGCAUGAAAUGUCCUUUCCUUUGGCACAACUAUUGGUAUUCUUCAUCGUUGCUGGGACUGAUAUUGGAACAGCAGUUUAUUAUAGAUAUGUGCUAGAUAAAGUGCAGAGUAUUGGAUAUGUGGCUCAUUUUGCAGGUGCUGUAGCUGGACUUUUAGUUGGAAUAAACAUCCUCAGAAACCUCUCAGUAACCAGAGCCGAAAGAAUCAUCUGGUGGGUGUCUAUUACGAUUUACGUAUUUCUGAUGGCAAUGUGUAUUAUAUGGAAUCUCUGCUGGACCAGCUAUUUUCCUACCGAUCCUUAUCAAGGAAAAAUGUGGCAGAAUUUUCAGAACUAUCAGCAAUUAAAUAAGACUGGAAAUAAGUUUAGUUAAAUAACUCAAUUAAGAUACAUUGUGCCUUCUUAAAUCUAUUUAGAUACUCAAUUGAAGUAAGAGAAUUUUUUUUUGCUCACAAUUAUUGAAAUCUCAUGUUUGACAUUUGUGUAUUUUCUUAUUUUGGAUUUACUGUGAUGUAUGUACUUAGUUGGGUGUUUGUUUUUCCCCACACUAUGUAGAAAGUAGAAAGUUUACCACAUCCAAAAUUUUGUAGUAUAAUUUUUUGAAAAAUCUAACUAACUAGAUUUUAACUAAAAUGUUCCUAUAGUUGAAGCCACAUUAGACAGUAUUUUUAAACCAAAACUUGGGUUCUUUGGGCUUCAAUAACUACUAAUGUUUGAAAUUUUGGCAACAUUAAGUUGUGCACUGAUAAUUGUUUUUUUUUGUUGCUCAAAUCGUUUACUUUCUCUUUGGGUUAUUAUUUUUAGAUUACAAUUGAUGUAAAUUUAUUUGCAGAUCUUAUCUUGUUAGGAGGCACAUCCUUUUGUAUUACAUAAAUAUUAUUAUUUUUUUGACAAUUAGUACAAAGAAUACAACGCAUAAUAGGCGGAGCAGCGACUGCAUAGCCUCUCUAAUGAAGUUCGGUUUUGCAGUCGCAUCUAGAAUAUUAGUAUUAAGUUUGCAAGUAUUUUUUAUUAUAUUUACAAGAAUCUCCUAUAUUUAUUUUAUUUUUUCAAUAAAUGGAUAUGCUAUACAA